CCCGAUCCCUCACACCUGACAUCGGAACACACGGCGCUGUCCGCGCACUGCGUCAGAUUGAGACAGCAGCAUCACAGUGAUUCCGCGGGGCUCACAGUCAAAAUGGGGUUCGGACUUUGUAUCCUGGCGUUUGUUGUCUACAGUGUUCACGCUGCGCCUGACAACUCAAGUUGUGGUACUAAAGGAGACAUAAUAUUCCUAUUGGACAAUUCGGGUAGUAUUUCCCAAUCGAAUUUCGAGCUCAUGCUGGAUUUUGUGAAAGACGUGGUUAAGAAGUUUGCAGUGGACCGUAACCAGGUACAGUUCGGCCUGGAGACAUUUGAGACCGGGGUGCGGACGGAAUUUAAGCUGAACACUCACAGCAACAGACAGGAAGUGCUAGACGCCGUGGACAGGGUGUCCUAUGUCGGUGGGGGAGGGACUAACACAGGGGAUGCCCUGCAACAUAUCAGAGAGAAGUCAUUCUCUAAAGCGUUCGGUUACAGACAAGGGGUGCCAAAGCUGGCCAUAGUUGUCACAGACGGCGUGUCCUCCUCCAAGAACCGCACCAAGGAACAAGCUCGCCUGGCUCACCGCGCCGGUAUUACGCUGAUGGCGGUGGGUGUGGGGAAAAACACAGACCAGCAGGAGCUACAGGACAUCGCCAGUGACCCCGACUCCAAGUACUUGUUCCACAUCGACACUUUCGUGGGGCUGAAGAUGAUAGAGAGCAUGCUGGCGUCAUCUACCUGUACACAACUCAAAGGACAAGCAAGUGAUUGUGGCAAGAAAGGAGCAGCCGACAUUGUAAUUUUGAUGGAUUCUAGUGGCAGUGUAGGGGAAGAAAAUUUUGAAUUGAUGAAGGAGUUCACCAAGAGCAUCGUAGACGAGUUCGUCAUUGGUUCAAACGCUGUACAGUUUGGAGUAGUGAUCUUCAGCACCCCGGUCACAGGGGCAUUUAAAUUGAACCAGUACUCCAAAGCUGACCAACUGAAAGCAGCAAUUGAUGAAAUCGAGUUCCAAAAUGGAGAAACACAUACAGGAAAAGCACUCGAAUAUUUGCGAACAAAGGCUUUUACCGCUCAAGAAGGUUACCGAUCCGAUCCCAACAUCCCAAAGAUCGCCAUUGUGAUCACGGACGGUCACUCCACUCACAAAGAGAAGACCCAGGAGGAGGCGAACAAGCUGAAGGAGCAGGACGUGGAGAUCUACUCUAUCGGCGUGGGCGACGAGGUGGACAAUGAGGAGCUGACCGAAAUGGCCAGCAACAAAAACAUAUUCAGGGUGGACACCUUCACCGCUCUCCAGCAUCUCAGACCACUGCUGCUAAGGCAGGUCUGUGAAGCAAAAAAUACUUGCCUGGGAAAAUCUGACGUUGUUUUCUUACUGGACUCCUCGUGUAGUGUUGGGGAAGACAACUUCAGGAAACUGAAGCAUUUUGUCAGUGACGUCACCUAUAAUCUGUACAUUGAUAAAAACGGCGUUCAGAUGGGGGUAGAGACCUACGAAUGCGAGGUUCACACAAACUUUGAACUGUUGAGAUAUCACAAUAAGGUUAAGAUGCAAACCGCCAUCAACAACAUGGAGUUCAAACCAGGCGGCACCGACACGGGCGAAGCCAUCAAACAUAUGUGGACAAGGAGUUUCAGUUCUGAAUACGGGAACAGGGACAAUGUUCGUAAGAUUGGCGUAGUUAUAACUGACGGCGACUCGAAGAACAAGGCGUCCACGUUUUAUGAGGCCCACAAGGCACGAGAGAACGGCAUCACAAUGGUAGCCAUUGGAGUGGGCGAUAUGAACGUGGAGGAGUUAAAGGGAAUCGCUAACGGCACGGACUUCCUGUUCACCACCAAGUCGUACGACACCCUCACAGACCUAACACAGACGCUGACCAACAUGGCGUGUCAAGCUUGAACAGAAUUCGAGAGAAUUAAUGUAAAAUUCAAAUAAAACAAAUUAAAAUGGUUGAAACUAUU